UUUCACACAGGGCUCUUGUUGCUGGUCUCCUUGCAUCAACCAUCAACCAACCGGCCAAAUCUUCUCUCGUCUUCAUCUUUAGAACUGGCUCUUCAUAUUGUGUACCUGUGCGACCUUGAGAUGGACCGCCUGGGCUGCGUAUCUCAGUCUUCGGAACGCGCGUAUUCCGACGACUCCACGUAGCUCCCUGACCGCCCCUCCCCCGAGCAAAGAGGCCGCCGCCGUCCCGGGCGCAAGAUUACCUACCAAGACCCCUCAGGAUCCUGACCUCGCAUCAUCAGUAGCCAAGCCGGGUCUUCCGGAUCUUCUAAUUCGCUCCGAGGCCAUAAUUUCCGCGUACCCAUCUCAUCCCGCCUUCAGCUGCCCAGAAAAUGAGAGACGCCCAGCGUAUCCUUUACGAGCCGCCAUCUCUUUCAUUCGUCUCCCUCCCGUUCGCCAGCCUGCAUUUGAAACUCGGCCGUCAGAUCAGAGAUCAGAGAUCGCCUUGCGGGCUCCACUGUUGUACAAUUCUCCGCUGACGCCCUGCAUUCGAGAACGCUUUUAUCGUCCUCACUGUGCUUUUCUCUCUCUCUCUCUCUCAUUCUCUCGCUUGUGAGAUCUCCUGAGAUCGAACAUCCAGCAUGCACUCAUCUCCCAGACUUUCAAACUUCUUCUCUCACGCAAAAACAACCAAAGCACCUCAUCACUCGAGCUCGACCCCAUUCAUCCCAUCUAGGCUCUCACUCAAUUGACACCUCAUACCCAUCCCAUACCCACUGGACAACAAGACACCACACAAGAGCCACUUCAAUCGACUUGCACUGACAAGCAUUGGCCAGUGAGGGACUCCCAGGAGAGCAAAGACCACGGCAUCCUCGACAGGAAGGGGACCGCGCUCGCUCGGCCACACACACACAUUCAUUUACUUUUAGAACCAACCCCCCCUCCCCGGUUCGACGUCAUACCGGUCGAUACCAGUGUAAAACCCUUCUUUAGCGCGACGGGUCCGUGAAGAAAGUCGACGAAGCCUCUCCAUCCCAAUCGGGUUGUCGUACAGCACUGCACCAUACCGCACCAUACCGCACAGCCGCUGGACGAUGCCCACAGGGGUCAAUGGUCGUUAGGUUCCGUCAUUACUAGUGACAUCCUCCGCCACUUUUCUCUCCCGUCACAUCCGAUCUUUCUUUCUCUCCGCCUAGGCCUUUGGGUUGUUGCGCUUAUAUCUUCUUUCAACGCCCAAAUCAACCCAUAGAUACCCCCUCUCCCGUUGCAUCCAUUCCUAUUCUCAUAUCCUCAAAAUAUACGACCCCCGACUAUUCCCUUGUCAACUUGACAGACACAUAUACAAUGAUACUCUCAUCUCUGCUGGCAGUGGCCGCCGUGGCAGUCCCGGUGUGGGCGGUCGAUCCCAUCAAGCCAAUGGCGGCCGGUCUUUUCAUGGAAGCCCUGGACCCCCGCGCCCUCCCGGACUCCCCCUCGGGAGGCUACGCCCCGUCUAUCGUCGACUGUCCGGCCGCCCGUCCCACUAUCCGGUCCGCUUCCGCUCUGUCGCCCAACGAAACGGCAUGGCUCCCCCGCCGCCGCAACGCCACAGUCGAGCACAUGCGCGACUUCCUCACCCGCGCCAACAUUCCCAACUUCGAUGCCGGCGCUUACAUCGACCGCGCCGGCUCAUCGUCGUCCCGACUGCCCAACAUUGCCAUUGCCGUGUCCGGAGGCGGUUACCGUGCGCUCAUGAACGGCGCCGGGUUCCUGGCCGCCGCUGACAGCCGCACGCCCAACUCGACCUCGGCCGGUGGCAUCGGCGGCCUCCUCCAGUCCGCCACCUACCUCGCCGGCCUCUCGGGCGGCGGCUGGCUCGUCGGCUCCAUCUUCACCAACAACUUCUCAACCGUCACCGACCUGCAGCGCGGCUCGCAGGGGUCCUCCGUUUGGAAAUUUGAUCGCUCCAUCUUUUCCGGCCCCCGCGAGUCUGGCCUCUCCAUUCUCAACACGGCCGAGUACUGGAGAGACGUCGCGCGCCAGGUCAGCGCCAAGGACGAGGGAUUCGAGGUCUCCAUCACCGACUACUGGGGCCGCGCCCUCUCGUACCAGCUCGUCAACGCCACCGACGGCGGCCCGGCCUACACCUUCUCUUCCAUCGCCGACUCUCCCGACUUCCAGUCCGGCGAGCAGCCGUUCCCCAUCCUCAUCGCCGACGGUCGUGCCCCCGGCGAGCGCAUCAUCUCGCUCAAUGCCACCGUCUACGAGUUCAACCCCUUCGAGCUCGGUACUUGGGACAACACGGCCUUUGGCUUCGCGCCACUUCGCUACCUCGCCUCUAACUUUUCCGCGGGCCGCGUCCCCGACAAUGGCUCCUGCGUCCGCGGCUUCGACCAGGCCGGUUUCGUCAUGGGCACCUCGUCGACUCUCUUCAACCAGUUCAUGCUCCAGAACAUCUCGUCCGCCGGUCUCCCCGAUUUCAUCCAGAGUGCCCUCACGAGCAUUCUCAACAUCCUCGACCAAGACAACAACGACAUCGCCCAGUACGUGCCGAAUCCCUUUUUCGGCUGGAACCCGCGCACCAACCUCAACGCCAACCAGACCCAGCUCUCGCUCGUCGACGGCGGCGAGGAUCUCCAGAACAUCCCCCUCCACCCCCUGAUCCAGCCCAACCGCGCCGUCGACGUCAUCUUCGCUGUCGACUCCUCGGCCGAUACCAAUUUCAACUGGCCCAACGGCACCGCCCUGCGCGCCACCUACGACCGCGUCGCCGAGCCCAUUGCCAACGGCACCCUUUUCCCCCCCGUGCCCGACGCAAACACCUUCAUCAACCUCGGCCUCAACCGCCGCCCGACCUUCUUCGGCUGCGACGCAUCCAAUUUCACCCUCCGUGGCGCACAGCGCGUGCCGCCGCUCGUCGUAUACAUCCCCAAUGCGCCCUACGUCGCCCACUCCAACGUCUCUACUUUUGUCCCCAGCUACGAGCUGCCCCAACGCGAUGCCAUCAUCCAGAACGGCUACGACUCAGCAACCCAGGGCAACUCCACCCUCGACGCCCAAUGGCCCGUCUGCGUUGCCUGCGCCGUGCUCUCGCGCAGCAUGGACCGCGCCCGCGAGACGGUCCCCGAGGCCUGCACUGCCUGCUUCCAGCGCUACUGCUGGAACGGCACACUUGAUACCCGCGACGUUGAGUACAACCCCGACUUCUCCAUCGGUAACAUCGAGGUCAACAGCCCCGCUGCGAGAGCGGGCGCCAGUCUGGUGGCGGGUGUCGUGAGCGUCGCGGCGGUGGUGAUGCUCGUCAUCUGAG